AUGGUGACCUUUAAGAAUCAGCCAGACUCCGAGCAAAGCGUAAUGGCUACUGAACCAUUGGCGGUUAAAGAACCGGAUUCAACCCGACUAUGGUGGCAUUGGCACGAGCCUGGUGCCAGCAAAGAAGAGAAGUGGCUAAUCUUCAAGCUAGACGCCGCGAUUCUCACUUACACUUGCUUGUAUCUGGAUCAAACCAAUAUCACGAAUGCUUAUGUAUCUGGAAUGAAAGAGGACUUGAACCUUCAUGGAAACGAACUCAACUGGCUGACGACGUACUUCAACAUCGGCAUCAUCAUCGGGGCACCAUUCUCAACAAUAAUGCUCACCUUUAUCAAGCCUCGUUGGUGGAUUCCUCCUUGCACGAUGGCUUGGUCACUGCUCGUACUGGGAAUGCACAAAGCUGAGACUGUUAAGACUCUAUAUAUCCUGCGGUUCUUCACUGGUCUUUGCGAGUCGGGUACUAUGCCUGGAUCAUUCUACAUUAUCGGGAGUUGGUAUCGCAAGUCGGAGAUCAGUAGGCGGACUACUCUCUUCUGGUUCUCAUCGGUGGGCGGACAGAUGUUGUCUGGAUAUAUCCAAGCUGGAAUGUAG